AUGGACGUUGUUUAUUUCGACACUAUUGGUGGGGACCUAGAUCCAACGGCAGUAGCGGCUCGGUGCCUUGCCGAGCUUGUCAACGAACAUAAAGGAACAGACUUCAUCACCUUCACUCGAUGCUCGUUCCCUUCGACGGCGUGGCUUGGGGAUCUUCCCGCUGCCUGCAUUCGGGAAGCUCCUAAUGAUCAAGGUUUGUAUGCUGUUGGGGAUAUAGUGCGAGGAAGGGAUCUGUUGGAGGCCAUGUCGCUUUUCCUCCAAGACGGUCCUAUUCCUCCGAAAGAUGCCGCCUUCUCUGCAUAUUUAGAAGUCGAAUUUGCACGAUGCCUGGAAUACAUACUGUGGGCUAAUGACACCGUAUUUGAGAACUAUACUCGGGAAGUAUACGCUACGACUGUUCAUAACUUCAUCCUGCGGAACUUUAUGUUAACCAGUUCGUCCGAGCGAACGGCCCGAUCUAGACAUAGCGGCAUUCCAAACAUGUCUGUGUGUGUGGAGCGUCUCGAGCAGAUACUCAAUCGCCUUAGUCGUUGGGCUCUAUCCCUCGAUUAUGGCACUCUGCUAGACUCCACGGAGCACGGUGAUGGUAAUGGCCAUUGUAACGGAGGGAUGAAUGGUGAUUGCACAUGGACGCCCUCGAAGCUCGUAGUCAGCGAAGCGUUCGGUUACUUGGCAGUUCUAUUGUCUAUACCGUUGCCUCGUGUGGAGAAGAAACUGAGGCUACUCCUGCAGGACCAACGGUGGCAAGGACUUCAUGACUUCUGUCGAAAGAUCGAGGGGAGGGUGUCUGUCUUCCACGGUGGGCGCAAUUUCCUCAAUGUUACGAUAGAUGUUCUCGAGCACAAGUCGUGGUUCGAGAUAUGGGGAUUUGGUGUGAAAGCAGAGGAGCGAGACCGCUCGGAUAGUCAUGAUUCUACCUGCGCCGAGCCCCAGGGGUAUCCAGACGACGUGGCUCAUCCUGAAGAUUACGAGCAGUCUGCUAUGUGGUGGCAGCGUGCUGCGUUCGCUGGUAUAGCAGGGACUAUCAUCCUUGGGUUCAAUAGAUUCGCCAUGGAAGAUACAAGUUAUUAUAUGAUAUUUGCUGCCUUCUGGGUCCUUCUCGGAAUAGCCUAUUACAUCUGGUACGCGAAGCAGGUUAGUGAUAAUUUAAGUGCAGCACGGAAGAUCAAUGGUGUGAAACCCAAGAAGCGUGCCCGCGAGAACUGGACUAUCAAUCAAAUGUGA